AUGAGCAAGAAGAAACAACAGUUGAUGCAGAAAGCUAUUCAGCUUGCUGAAGCUGUAUAUGAAUAUGGAAAAGGUAACUACAAAGAAGCUCUAGAACUGUUUGGUCCAGACUUUGACGCGGUUCACUAUAAGAUGAUUGGAGCAUCGGAUUUACAGAUGGAUGUUUUCAGUGAAAUUUGGUACAAAUCGUUGUUACUUACCGGCAAAUCUUCUAGUGCGAUUAAAGUAUUGGAGAGGAGGAUAAAACAGAGAGAUGGCGCUCCUUUCUUGUGGCGUUUGCUGGAGAAGUGUUACGUUAUGGAAGGCAAUACAGAAGCUGCCGUAACUGCAUGUGAAAAAGCCAAGGCGUUGGAAUCUUCAUAUUUCAAGUUUGAUUGA